AAUGCGCAGCGCAUUCUUGCGUGGAGGGCGAAGCGAUCAGCGGAUCAGAGGCAUCGCUUGAAAUAAUCACUGAGACAGAAGAUCUGCUUCUGCUCUUUUAAAUCUGCGCUUCAAAAACAAACCAAAGAAUAUUGUCUUAUUGUUAUUCAGCCAGCAACCAAUAUAUCUUAUUUUCCUUAAGUUGUGUCGCCUGGAUUCACCGAGGAAUCUUGUUCAGUCACAGUACGGAGAGGGUGGAUUCGUCUCCAGCGCACAGGAGUUGCACUAGGAGCAUGUGGAGAAAAUGAUGCAAAGGUGAACUGGCAUCCCGCUGUGUGGUGUCUGUGCAGCUGCAAAAACUCUGGAAACUACUGAAGAACAAAAUGUCUGCUGUUAAAAUCAACUGUCUGACCCUUCUCCUUCUUCUGCCUUUGGGUUCGAAGCAACAGGUCCCCUCUAACUGUGUAAUCAAGAGGGAGCAGGAGAAGUGUAUGGAGAUGAUGGCUCUGGAAGAUUCAGACUCUGAAUUUGACUGUCCGUGGUUCUGGGACAAUCUGACCUGUUGGCAGCCGGCCAAGCUCGGGGAGGUUAUCCAGGUCAACUGUCCAGAGCUCUUCUCUCAGUUCAUUAGCGAGGAAGACUAUGAAUUGGGGAAGGUGAGUCGUAACUGCACCGAGUUUGGCUGGUCAGAUAUCUUCCCUCAUUAUGUUGACGCCUGCCUGUACGAGGAAGGAAACAGCAGCCACCCUGACAUGUAUUAUGUGUCAGUGAAGGCUCUGUACACAGUGGGCUACAGCACCUCCUUGGUGUCCCUCACCACUGCUAUGGUCAUCCUGUGCAGGUUCAGGAAGCUACAUUGCACCAGGAACUUCAUCCACAUGAAUCUUUUUGUGUCGUUCAUGCUGAGGGCCAUUUCUGUCUUCAUCAAAGACAGCGUGCUGUACACAGAGGAGGACAGCGACCACUGCUUUAUACACACUCUGGAGUGUCGAGCUGUGAUGAUAUUCUUCCACUACUGUGUCCUCUCCAACUACUUCUGGCUCUUCAUCGAGGGUCUGUACCUCUUCACUUUGCUGGUGGAAACCUUCUUCCCUGAGAAGAGAUACUUCUACUGGUACAUAGUCAUCGGCUGGGGAACACCGACGGUGUGCGUGACCAUCUGGGCGGUCCUGAGGCUGCAGUAUGAUGACAUAGGGUGUUGGGACAUAAACGACAACGCUGCCAUCUGGUGGGUGAUAAAGGGACCCGUUCUGGCUUCAAUCAUGAUCAACUUUGUGCUCUUCAUUGGUAUCAUCGUCAUCCUUGUCCAGAAGCUGCAGUCCCCAGACAUCGGUGGGAAUGAGUCCAGUAUUUACCUGAGAUUAGCCCGUUCCACCCUUCUGCUGAUCCCCCUUUUUGGGAUCCACUACACGGUGUUUGCCUUUUCCCCGGAGAACGUCAGCAAGAGGGAACGACUUGUCUUUGAGCUCGGUCUCGGAUCCUUUCAGGGCUUUGUGGUGGCUGUCCUCUACUGCUUCCUGAACGGAGAGGUGCAAUCGGAAAUCAAGAGGAAAUGGCGCAGCUGGACGGUGAACAGGUACUUUGCUGUGGACCUGAAGCACCGGCAUCCUUCGCUGGCGAGCAGUGGGGUGAACGGGGGGACACAGCUGUCCAUCCUCAGCAAGAGCAGCUCGCAGAUCCGAAUGUCCAGCCUGCAGGCCGAGACCCCAGCCACCUGAGUGGCCACUGUGGGGAUGCCUCAACCGGACCUACCGCUGCUGACCCCAACCCUCCCACCCUCGUCCCAAUGACCGACCUAACCGACCCAUUCUUCAACACGGACCCUGAUGAAUCCACCAUGGAAACCCAGCUGAACUCCAGUGACCCCAA